CUGACAACACUCCACAGGUCUCGCGCACAUUUCGUGACACGGUCGAGGUUUACCCUCUUCUUCGAUACCGCAUCGCAUGUUGUCUCGCGGGGCUUGUAGAAGGUCCCGCAGCGCGGCACAUGUCCCUCUACGACCGCACGGUCGAGCUUGAUAGGUGGAGGACUCUGCGGCGAAAAGGCUUACGAAUGAGCGAUACAACGAUAGAGCAGAUGGAUGGAUUGCUAAGACGUGUGGCUCCAGGCGGCUCCGCAUAUUGCGAGCUUAUUGCGCGAACCAUUACUGUAAUCCAACCGGCCUCUGAGCGCAGUCGUCAACCUAACCGACGGAGGACCCUGCCUACUCUAGGAUUUACGCCCCAGCAUUUUGCUUGUGACCACAGUCAGAAGGUGCUGAUUCUUCUCCAGAUAACGUGCGCACCGCCGAAGUCUCGUUAUGCUAUCCGUAGAAACUAAUACCACCAUCUAGCGACAUAUCUGGGACUUGGCGUGUCCGUGUUCUCUCCAGCGAGACAGGCGAACCACAUCCUCUCGCUAAGCAGGGCUCGUUCACUUUCGAAGGGGGUCAAUCAGCCGCAGGUGAAUGCGGUGUAUCUCUCAAACUAUAUGGGCCGAUGCUUGCUGUUACAUCCUCAACACCUCGAGGAACCGGUGAUAUUCUGGUUGGGUGCUGGAUCUUGGACUGGAAGACCGGCUCUGUGCUUCUGGUACGUAGGUCCCCGG